AUGGUUUGGGAACAAGAAGAAGAUGAAGUGCAGAAGGAAGUUGAGGUCCAGAAGCCUGUUCAAAAGGAACAAGAAGAAGCUGAUGUUGAAGUCGAGAAGCCUGUGCAAAAGCCAAAACAUGGAUCUGAAACUAUACAAGUGGAUCAGAAAUGCAAACUGCUGGACAUUGGUGGAAAGAAACAUGUAGUUGCCGAAGGACGGGUGCAUUCAACAGACCCAAAUCAAAAUGUCCAUUUUGUACGAUUGAGUCCGAAUGCAGCUAGAGUGUGGGUUGAUGCAGUGAUGGUAGAUGAUGCCAUCUUUUGGAGGAAGUCUGAAGAAAUCGAGACAUUGAAAGAUGCACGUGGUUCAUCAAUUGCAUGGCCACUUGAUAAUUUGGUCAUAUUACCUUUUUCUUCAAAGGUGAAUAACUAUGCUUGGGUCUUUCUGUUAAAUGGAUCAAAAUUUUGAUGUUGUGUUAAGAGAUGUAUGAAGAAGAUGAGAGAAAAGAUGGUGUCAAGAAGUUAACUCUGCAAAUUUUAUAAAGCUUUAUAAAUCGGUAUUUCUUGGAUCUCACAAACCACGUUCUUGUUCAGAGUCUCUCUUGCUUCUUCAAACAGCUCACCA